GCGUGGGGAGGAAUCAGCGACCCGGCUACCAUUGUUGCCCUGAAAGGAUUUGACGCCAUGACUCACCUCACCAUUCAAACGGUUCGCGAGGUGAUGAAAGCCAUGUUGGAGUCGUCCUGCUUCGAUCGGGUGGCGAAUAAGAUGAAGGUUGUCUCUGCAAACCCUGGAAAAGUUGUCUGUGAAAUGAAAGUUGAAGAACAGCACACAAACAGAGGAGGAACGCUGCAUGGGGGCCUGACAGCAACUUUAGUAGACAUUGUGUCAACAGCUGCAUUAAUGUACACUGAAAGAGGAGUACCCGGUGUUAGUGUGGACAUGAAUAUUACGUACAUGUCAUCAGCUAAGAUUGGGGAAGAAAUCCUGAUCACUGCUGAAGUUCUGAAGCAAGGAAAAACUCUGGGUUUUGCCAAUGUGAAUUUAACAGAUAAGACAACAGGAAGAUUGAUAGCUCAAGGGAGGCACACCAAGCACUUGGGAUUCCAGUCAUAAAAAAUAAAAUAAAAUCCUGGGAAGAAUGCAGGAUGGAGGAGUGUACCCCGGCAAGUUUCAAAAAUUGAAGUGCAGCCAUUGGGUAAUGAAAUAAUAUUGCAGUGUUGAAAUCUGUUGUUUAAAUUAAAUUGUUGGCCCAGGG